GAGACUCGGCGCCGUGGACGUGGAGAGAGGGCGACGCACCUGCGCGAAGACGGCAACGGGAAAAGCCGCUCCAGUGCGGUUGCGCGGCGGCCCAGGCGCCGAGGGGAGCCUCGGCGGGGAGCGCGCCGCGCGCCUGCGCGGAGAGCUGCGUGACGCGGCGGCGCGCAAGGGACGUGCGGAGUGAGUGGCGCUGCGGGUGGGGCCGUCGGCGGCGCUGGUGAGAGAACGCCGAGCCGUCUCCGCAGCCUCCGCCGCCGAGAAGCCCUUGUUCCCGCUGCUGGGAAGGAGAGUCUGUGCCGACAAGAUGGCGGACGGGGAGCUGAACGUGGACAGCCUCAUCACCCGGCUGCUGGAGGUACGAGGAUGUCGUCCAGGAAAGAUUGUGCAGAUGACUGAAGCAGAAGUUCGAGGCUUAUGUAUCAAGUCUCGGGAGAUCUUUCUCAGCCAGCCUAUUCUUUUGGAAUUGGAAGCACCGCUGAAAAUUUGUGGAAUUCAGGAACAGCUUAGUGGGUCCUCUGGCUCUGGGUCUCUCACAAGGCUCCAAUUAAGGCGUGAUCUCGGGCUGCAGUCAUCUGAAGGUUGAACUGUGAAAGGAUUCAGUUCCUUAUAGACUGAUGGACUAAGAGCCUCAGUUCCAAAUGAGCUGUUGGUCAGAGGCCUCCCUCAGUUCUUUGCUACGUGGGAUGCUUCAUUAGACAGCUGGUUUCAUCAGCGAGCAUGGAAGAAGGAGAUAUUCAUGGACAGUAUACAGAUUUACUGAGAUUAUUUGAAUAUGGAGGUUUCCCACCAGAAGCCAACUAUCUUUUCUUAGGAGAUUAUGUGGACAGAGGAAAGCAGUCUUUGGAAACCAUUUGUUUGCUAUUGGCUUAUAAAAUCAAAUAUCCAGAGAACUUCUUUCUCUUAAGAGGAAACCAUGAGUGUGCUAGCAUCAAUCGCAUUUAUGGAUUCUAUGAUGAAUGCAAACGAAGAUUUAAUAUUAAAUUGUGGAAGACCUUCACUGAUUGUUUUAACUGUCUGCCUAUAGCAGCCAUUGUGGAUGAGAAGAUCUUCUGUUGUCAUGGAGGAUUGUCACCAGACCUGCAAUCUAUGGAGCAGAUUCGGAGAAUUAUGAGACCUACUGAUGUCCCUGAUACAGGUUUGCUCUGUGAUUUGCUAUGGUCUGAUCCAGAUAAGGAUGUGCAAGGCUGGGGAGAAAAUGAUCGUGGUGUUUCCUUUACUUUUGGAGCUGAUGUAGUCAGUAAAUUUCUGAAUCGUCAUGAUUUAGAUUUGAUUUGUCGAGCUCAUCAGGUGGUGGAAGAUGGAUAUGAAUUUUUUGCUAAACGACAGUUGGUAACCUUAUUUUCAGCCCCAAAUUACUGUGGCGAGUUUGAUAAUGCUGGUGGAAUGAUGAGUGUGGAUGAAACUUUGAUGUGUUCAUUUCAGAUAUUGAAACCAUCUGAAAAGAAAGCUAAGUACCAGUAUGGUGGACUGAAUUCUGGACGUCCUGUCACUCCACCUCGAACAGCUAAUCCGCCGAAGAAAAGGUGAAGAAAGGAAUUCUGUAAAGAAACCAUCAGAUUUGUUAAGGACAUACUUCAUAAUAUAUAAGUGUGCACUGUAAAACCAUCCAGCCAUUUGACACCCUUUAUGAUGUCACACCUUUAACUUAAGGAGACGGGUAAAGGAUCUUAAAUUUUUUUCUAAUAGAAAGAUGUGCUACACUGUAUUGUAAUAAGUAUACUCUGUUAUAGUCAACAAAGUUAAAUCCAAAUUCAAAAUUAUCCAUUAAAGUUACAUCUUCAUGUAUCACAAUUUUUAAAGUUGAAAAGCAUCCCAGUUAAACUAGAUGUGAUAGUUAAACCAGAUGAAAGCAUGAUGAUCCAUCUGUGUAAUGUGGUUUUAGUGUUGCUUGGUUGUUUAAUUAUUUUGAGCUUGUUUUGUUUUUGUUUGUUUUCUCUAGAAUAAUGGCAAAUACUUUUAAUUUUUUUCCCUAAACAUUUUUAAAAGUGAAAUAUGGGAAGAGCUUUACAGACAUUCACCAACUAUUAUUUUCCCUUGUUUAUCUACUUAGAUAUCUGUUUAAUCUUACUAAGAAAACUUUCGCCUCAUUACAUUAAAAAGGAAUUUUAGAGAUUGAUUGUUUUAAAAAAAAAUACGCACAUUGUCCAAUCCAGUGAUUUUAAUCAUACAGUUUGACUGGGCAAACUUUACAGCUGAUAGUGAAUAUUUUGCUUUAUACAGGAAUUGACACUGAUUUGGAUUUGUGCACUCUAAUUUUUAACUUAUUGAUGCUCUAUUGUGCAGUAGCAUUUCAUUUAAGAUAAGGCUCAUAUAGUAUUACCCAACUAGUUGGUAAUGUGAUUAUGUGGUACCUUGGCUUUAGGUUUUCAUUCGCACGGAACACCUUUUGGCAUGCUUAACUUCCUGGUAACACCUUCACCUGCAUUGGUUUUCUUUUUCUUUUUUCUUUCUUUCUUUUUUUUUUUUUUUUUUUUGAGUUGUUGUUUGUUUUUAGAUCCACAGUACAUGAGAAUCCUUUUUUGACAAGCCUUGGGAAGCUGACACUGUCUCUUUUUCCUCCCUCUAUACGAAGGAUGUAUUUAAAUGAAUGCUGGUCAGUGGGACAUUUUGUCAACUAUGGGUAUUGGGUGCUUAACUGUCUAAUAUUGCCAUGUGAAUGUUGUAUACGAUUGUAAGGCUUAUGUCACUAAAGAUUUUUAUUCUGAUUUUUUCAUAAUCAAAGGUCAUAUGAUACUGUAUAGACAUGCUUUGUAGUGAACUAUAGUAGCAAUAAUUUCUGUACCUGAUCAAGAGUUUAUUGCAGCCUUUCUUUUCCUAUUUCUUUUUUUUAAGGAUUAGUAUUAACAAAUGGCAACGAGUAGAAAAGUUAACAUGAAGAUUUUAGAAGGAGAGAACUUACAGGACACAGAUUUGUGAUUCUUUGACUGUGACACUAUUGGAUGUGAUUCUAAAAGCUUUUAUUGAGCAUUGUCAAAUUUGUAAGCUUCAUAGGGAUGGACAUCAUAUCUAUAAUGCCCUUCUAUAUGUGCUACCAUAGAUGUGACAUUUUUGACCUUAAUAUCGUCUUUGAAAAUGUUAAAUUGAGAAACCUGUUAACUUACAUUUUAUGAAUUGGCACAUUGUAUUACUUACUGCAAGAGAUAUUUCAUUUUCAGCACAGUGCAAAAGUUCUUUAAAAUGCAUAUGUCUUUUUUUCUAAUUCUGUUUUGUUUUAAAGCACAUUUUAAAUGUAGUUUUCUCAUUUAGUAAAAGUUGUCUAAUUGA